AUGGCGCAAGACGCGGUGACCGUCGUCCCCGCGGGCGAGGGCGACCUCGCGGUCGCGGCCGCGUUCGCGACGGGUGCCGAUUCCACGAAGAUCCUUCCACCCGCGCGCGCCGAUUCGACCGACGGCGAGGGCGACGACGACGACGACGACGACGACGACGACGACGCGACGCGCGUCAAGGCGCACGACGCGAACGCCGCGAACGCCGCGGAAAACCCCGAGUUCGAGUUCAGCGACGGCGACGACGAGACGACGACGACGACGACCGGUGGGCGCGCGCGGCGUCGCGCGAUCCCGGACGUGAUCCGCGACGGGGACGAUAGCUCCGAGUGGGAAUCCUCCGACGACGAAUCCGUCGAGGAGCUCGACUUGGAGAACAUGCCGAAGUGGCUGCAGGACAUCAAGGACGGCGUCGACACGCGAGGAGGAGGAGGAGGAGGAGGAGGAGGAGGAGGAGACGACUUCGACGGCGACGACGACGGCGACUCGGUCCCGCCGCGGACGCUGAACGAGGUCGCCCCGGACGCGACGCCCGCGCCCGCGCCGCCGCCGCCGAUCGACCCGGACGAAGCCGUCGCGCACGUCGGCGACGUCGUCUCCGUGGUCGGGGACACGAUCGUGGUUCAGUCCCUCCCGGGGAUCGAGUACCUGGACGAGGAGAGCGUGUUGUGUCUGAGCGACCGCGUCGCGUUGGGCGCGGUCGAGGAGGUGUUCGGGCCGGUCGCCGCGCCGUUGUACGCGCUGCGGGUGCCGCGACGGAGACGCGAGACACGCGCCGAAAACGGAAGCGGAAGCGGAAGCGGAUGCGGAAACGAAACCGCCGCCGCCGCCGCCGCCGCCGCGAAAGCGAAAGAGAGCGGCGCGACGGAAGAUAAGGACGACGGCGCGACGGACGCGAAGGACGGAGGCGACGACGAAGCCCACAAGACGACGAACACGAACACGACGGCGGCGAUCGAGGUGAAGGUGGGCGCCAGGGUGUACGUCGUCGAGGGGCGGCGGCGGAGGCUGACGACGGCCGGCCUAUACCGCAAAGGGUACGACAACAGCGGCAAGAACGACGAGGAGAUCAGCGACGACGACGAGUUCAGCGACGACGAGAAAGAGGCGGAGGCGAAGAAGAAGCGCAGGCAGCGGAAGCGCGGGAUCGACGGCGAGGAGCGUCCGGCGGACCGGCGGGUCGCGGACGGAGGGCUCGCCGCCGCCGCCGCCGCCGCGGGCGCGGGCGCGGGCCUCGGCGGCGGGAGAGGCGGGCAGCGCGGGGGCGGACCCCCACCCCGCGCGCGCGCGUUCCAACCGAACGCGCCGCCCGCAAUGCAGAUGGCGCACAUGAGCGGCAUCGGCGCGGGCGGGAACGUUGGCGCUGGGCACCCCGCGCACACGACGCGCGGCCCGCCCCCGCCGAUGGCGCCGGUGCGUUCUAUGCACUGGUCCCCAUACGACCCCGUUCGCGAGGUGAACGCGAUUCCUUAA